AAAAUUCUCGUCACUCGUUGGAACAGUUAUAAAUUUAUAAUUGGGAUAAAAAUCUAGCACCGGUGGAGGAAUUACCGUCCCCCAUCCGCCUGUUGGCAUCCGUGCUCUCUAGUCUCUCCAGUAGUUAUUCCCCGAUUUGCCCUAGUUAUUUAAGUACGGAGUCAUAGUUUCUCGGUUUGCCGGGGUCGUUGAGGUUUUGAAAUUCAAGGAUUCAGCUUCGUACAUCUGCUGCUUUAGUGAUGGCUAUGAGAAGCUUGGAUAGAUUUAGCGAACUUCCCUCAGAAAUACUUGACAAGAUAUUGGCAUUAGUAGCCAUUCAAGAAGCUGCUAGAAUGGCCGUUUUAUCUUCUUUCUGGAGAGAGAUGUGGUUCAAUCUCAGGGAUCUCAAAUUUGAUUCUAACUUCUUUCGUUACAUUGAGAGGAAAUAUUCAUCUGCUCACAGUGACAUCAUGACCAAAACAACAAUAAAUAGUGAUGUCUUGACCUCUGCUGGCAUGCAUGUAGUAAACAAAGUUCUUAUGCAGCACAAUGGUCAUAUUCGGAAAUUUGAAUUUUCAUUUAUUCAUCACGCGAGAAGUUCGCUUACAUCACGGGCAUUUGACAUUGAUCAAUGGCUCCUUUUGAUCACACGAAGAGGUGUUCAAGAACUUGAAAUUCGUUUUCUAGGAGAAAAAAAGAUGAAUACUUGCUGCCUAAAUGCAUAUUCUCUUGCAACACUCAAGAGAUUGUGGCUCCAAGGAGUCUCUGUUGAACCAUUAAAUAUGCCUUGCAUAUUACCAAAUGCCACCUCACUUUCUUUUAUAAAUGUUAAAUUUGAGCCGAAUGAUGCUCUAUAUUACAUGGUUAAUGUUCCUAUGCUCGACAGUUUGUUGCUUAUCGGAUGUGAUAACAUGUUCAGUUUUAACAUCACUGCACCGAAACUCUGUACGCUAGGAAUUCAGUCUUGUUGGUAUGACCAGUGCAGUAAUUUUCUCCCAGUUCACUUGGAUUUGGGAUCUCUCAGUACACUUAAUUUAGAUGCCCUUUCUCUCAAAAAAUUUGUUGAAGACUUCCCAAGCAGUCAACUACAACUACAACCACAUGAAUUAAAUGUUGAGAACCUCUGUUUAACAAAUCCAUAUCAUGAAGAUGAUGCUUCUGCUUUUAUUCGUUUGUUGAAGUUAUGUCCAAAGUCGCGUGAAAUUCAUAUGGACAUGGCGUUUGUCGAAGCUCUGGGAGAUUGUUUAGGCACAAAGUCGGAGAAUUCAAAGGAACUUUAUCGCGUGGCUGAAACACACAGCUUGCUUCACACUUUAUGUAUUGACUUCUUUGAUGCAUGUGAGAAUUAUCCAGCUUUGAUCAAGGGGCUAGUUUCCUCCUUUCCAACACUUGUGAAGUUUGUCAUCAAUGACCUACACUCUGAAUUUAAUCAAAAGAUUUUGGAGUUUCCGACAACCGUUGAAAUGAAGGUUGUGAAUUUUGGUAUUGAGUGAUUUCUGGAUUGUGUGAUUGGCAUUGUAGGAAUUGCGUUUGGCAUUUUCUAUCAUUUCAAUUCAAUCAAUGAUUUCUGGAUAGCAUAGCCGAUUAUGACUACACAGUAGUUUGGCAUUUCUGUAUUGUUUUGCUGUUAACUUGUUAAUGCUACUUUGGCAGUUUGGCUAAUAA